AUGGCCACCUUGAUUCGCAGCAAACUGUCCAAUGUGGCCACCUCUGUGUCCAACAAAUCCCAGGCCAAGGUGAGUGGUAUGUUCGCCAGGAUGGGCUUCCAGGCGGCCACUGACGAGGAGGCUGUGGGCUUUGCCCAUUGCGAUGAUCUGGACCUGGAGCAUCGGCAGGGACUGCAGAUGGACAUCCUAAAGUCGGAGCCCAGUGAGGAGGGUGCUGAACCGCCCGUCGAGGGUGACUUCCACUACCAGAGGGACGGCUCUGGGCCCCUGCCACCCUCGGGCUCCAAGGAACAGGGCAUGUGCUCUGAAUUCGGGGGUGGCCAAGACAAGCCCAAGAUCACUGCCUGGGAAGCAGGCUGGAAUGUGACCAACGCCAUCCAGGGGAUGUUUGUCUUGGGCCUACCCUAUGCCAUUCUGCACGGAGGAUAUUUAGGACUGUUUUUAAUUAUUUUCGCCGCCGUGGUUUGCUGCUACACUGGCAAAAUCCUCAUCGCAUGCCUCUACGAGGAAAAUGAAGACGGGGAGAUAGUCCGGGUGAGGGACUCCUAUGUGGACAUUGCCAAUGCCUGCUGCUCUCCCAGGUUCCCCAAACUGGGAGGGAGGAUAGUCAAUGUGGCUCAGAUUAUCGAGUUGGUCAUGACGUGCAUCCUCUAUGUAGUGGUCAGUGGCAAUCUGAUGUACAACAGCUUUCCCAGUUUGCCGGUCUCUCAGAAGUCCUGGUCUAUCAUUGCCACUGCGGCGCUAUUGCCCUGCGCCUUUUUGAAAAAUCUAAAAGCCGUCUCCAAAUUCAGCUUGCUCUGCACCUUGGCCCACUUCGUUAUCAACAUCCUCGUCAUUGCCUACUGCCUGUCCAGGGCCCGGGACUGGGCUUGGGAGAAGGUCAAGUUUUACAUAGACGUGAAGAAGUUCCCUAUCUCUAUAGGCAUCAUCGUCUUUAGCUACACCUCACAGAUUUUCCUCCCGUCCUUGGAAGGCAAUAUGCAGAAGCCUAAGGAGUUCCACUGCAUGAUGAACUGGACGCACAUCGCGGCCUGCGUGCUCAAGGGUCUCUUUGCGCUCGUGGCCUACCUCACCUGGGCCGACGAGACUAAAGAGGUCAUCACCGACAACCUGCCAUCCACCAUUCGUGCUGUGGUCAACAUCUUCCUGGUGGCCAAGGCGCUGCUAUCCUACCCGCUGCCAUUCUUUGCUGCUGUGGAAGUGCUGGAGAAGUCCCUCUUCCAGGAAGGCAGCCGCACCUUCCUCCCCAACUGCUAUGGGGGUGAUGGACGGCUGAAACCCUGGGGGCUGACGCUACGCUGCACGCUGGUGGUGUUCACGCUGCUCAUGGCCAUUUAUGUGCCGCAUUUCGCGCUGCUCAUGGGCCUCACUGGGAGCUUGACCGGUGCGGGCCUUUGCUUCCUGCUGCCCAGCCUCUUCCAUCUCAAGCUGCUCUGGCGGAAGUUACUCUGGCACCACGUCUUCUUUGACGCGGCCAUUUUCCUCAUUGGCGGCAUCUGCAGCGUGUCCGGGUUCGUGCACUCCCUGGAGGGGCUUAUCGAGGCUUACCGAACCAAUUCAGAAGACUAA